AUGGCUGACAAAAAUAAUCCGCCAACGGUUCCGAAAGGAUGGAAGGCAAUUUUUGACGAGCAAUACCAGACAUGGUUUUACGUGGACGAAUCCACUGGCAAGUCCCAGUGGGAAGCACCAGGGGACUCAGGGGCCCCGCCAGCUUAUACGGAGCAAAAUCCCGAAUCCCAAGCAGCUCAGACUGGCAAGAACGGUUCGCAAAGUUCUACUGCCAAUGCAAACUACCAGCAGCAACCCCAACAACAGCAGUAUCAGCAGCAGUACCCACAGCAAGGAUACCAACAGUACCCUCAAGGAUACCAGCAGCAACAGCCCUACUACCAGCAAUAUCCUCAGACUCAGUACCAGCAGACAAGCUCCAGACCCAGCAGAUUGGGUGGAAUGGGUGGUAUGAUGGGUGGUGCCGCUCUAGGAGGCCUUGGUGGAUUGCUACUAGCCGAUACUCUGUUUGACCAUGGAGGAAUGGGCAUGGGUGGUAUGGGAAUGGGCGGAUUUGGUGGCCCUCCACCCGGUGAUUUUGGCGGUGGAGGAUUUGGAGGGGGAGAUUUUGGUGGUGGUGGAGGUGACUUCGGAGGAGGAGAUUUCGGCGGUGGAGGGUUCUGA